CCGCCGUGGAUCAGCGCGAUGGCGGCGGUGGCUGCAUUCCCUGCGGUGCGGCUCUCGCUGGGGCGGCGCCGGUGCCUCCGCUGCGGGCCCGGUCCGCGGCCUGUGCCCGCCGGCGGGGCCGCUCCCAGACCGUGCAGCACGCAGGCGGCUCCGCAGGGCAUCAACAAGCCCAUCAUAGACCGCAUCAUCCGCGUAGACCACGCGGGGGAGUACGGGGCCAACCGCAUUUACGCGGGGCAAAUGGCCGUGCUGGGCAGGUCGAGCGUGGGACCGGUCAUCCAGCAAAUGUGGAAUCAAGAAAAAGUCCACCUGAAAAAGUUCAAUGAGCUCAUGGUUGCAUACAGAGUUCGACCUACUGUUUUAUUGCCUUUCUGGAAUGUAGCAGGUUUUGUUUUAGGGGCUGGAAGUGCUUUACUGGGAAAGAAGGGUGCCAUGGCUUGCACAGUGGCAGUGGAAGAGAGUAUAUCAGACCACUACAACAACCAGAUCCGAACUCUGAUGGAAGAAGAUCCAGAAAAGUACAAAGAACUAUUGCAGGUAAUAAAGCAAUUUCGGGAUGAUGAACGGGAGCACCAUGACAUUGGGAUAGAGCACGAUGCAGAAGCAACACCAGCUUAUUCUGUUUUGAAGACAGCCAUACAGCUUGGAUGCAAAGCUGCAAUAUUUUUAUCAGAAAGAAUUUAGUGAUGUUUUCCAUAAUGGUUGUGGCAAUAAACUGGGACACAA